CUUCUCUCUCCCCCCUCCCUUCCCCACCGCUCUGUCUUUCCCUUUCACCUCACCUCACCUCGCCACUGAAGCAAUUUCGGGUUUACAAAACCCUAAUCUCUAGAACUCCUGAGUGAUCUUAAAUCUGAUCCUACCUUCUAUGUUUUCAUAUUCGAACUCCAAAGUGAUCUUCAUUUUCAUUUCUGGUGUACAGAAAACAGAACACGAGUUUGUACAGAAAAAGAUAGGGUUUUUACUGUGAAACGAGUUCAGGGUAGGGAGAGGGGCAGAUGCCAAGUGUAGCUGUGAAGCUCUACAGCGUAUUCUUCAAGUUUCUCUUGAAGCAACGUUUGCAGAAUCGGAUUCAAGCUCCUCCCAAUGAAGCCGACCCAUUUGGAGUCACCUCACGACACGAUGAAUCCGUUGCCGCCUCCAAUCCUUCCUUCACCGACGGCGUUGCCACCAAGGACAUCCACAUCGACCCCUUCACAUCUCUUACUGUAAGAAUCUUCCUUCCCGAGACCGCACUGAGGUCCCCUGAAUCGGAUUCUUUAGCCCAACCCAGGCCUAGGCCUCGACAUAGCAAUGGCAAAGCCGAUCUUGAAUCUCGAUCCGUGCGAGUUGAUACGACUAAUCGCAAUUCAGAUUCUCAUCCCCUGGGGCCUAAUGAUCAUGGUAAAAGCAAUGGUGUGGAAGCUUCAAAUUUGGCCGGCGGUGGGGUAUACAGAGGUUACUCGCCGGAACUAGAUAAUCGUCGGAGAUUGCCGGUAAUGUUGCAGUUUCACGGUGGUGGUUGGGUUAGUGGAAGCAACGAUUCUGUUGCAAACGACUAUUUCUGUCGGCGAAUUGCCAAACUCUGCGAUGCGAUCCUUAUUGCUGUUGGGUACAGGCUCGCUCCUGAAAAUCGUUAUCCGGCUGCUUUUGAGGACGGAAUGAAGGCAUUGAAUUGGUUAGCAAAGCAGGCAAACUUAGCUGAGUAUAACAAGUCGAUGGGGAUUGGACGGGGUGGUGGGACUGAGCUCAAAAAAUCGGAUGUACAUAGGCAUAUUGUGGACACUUUUGGAGCUUCAGCGGUUGAGCCAUGGUUGGCCGCUCAUGGAGAUCCGUCAAGGUGUGUUCUUCUGGGGGUCAGUUGCGGUGCAAAUAUUGCAGACUAUGUGGCUCGAAAAGCUGUGGAAGCAGGCAAGCUUCUGGACCCCGUCAAGGUGGUGGCACAAGUCCUAAUGUAUCCCUUCUUUAUAGGAAGUGUACCUACUCAUUCGGAAAUAAAGUUGGCGAACUCCUACUUUUAUGACAAGUCUAUGUGUAUGCUUGCGUGGAAACUAUUCUUGCCUGAGGAAGAAUUUAGCCUGGAUCACCCAGCUGCUAAUCCCCUUGUUCCAAACCGGGGGCCUCCUCUUAAGCGUAUGCCUCCAACAUUGACAGUGGUUGCAGAGCAUGACUGGAUGAGGGAUCGUGCCAUUGCUUACUCGGAGGAGCUCCGGAAGGUAAAUGUUGAUGCACCGGUUCUUGAAUACAAGGAUGCAGUACACGAAUUUGCAACGCUUGACAUGCUUCUAAAAAGCCCUCAGGCUCAGGUUUGUGCCGAGGACAUUGCCAUCUGGGUUAAGAAAUAUAUUUCACUUCGAGGUCAUGAAUUCUCAUAUUAAGUACCUGUCUUUGAAGUUAGCUUGUGAUCACUCUCUAGCUGCCGCUACCUGGGCUUCUGUGAUAUACACAGGUUUUUGCCGGUACUGAUAAGGUUCUAGUCGACAGAUUCCAUGUUCUCUCCGCUUGUCAGUUCUAUUUUUUUGUAACAUGUAGAGUUCUUUGUAAGUAGGAUUAGUUGAGCCCGAGAUGCAUUAGCCUCGUGCACCUCCACAUUUAGACGUUCCUUUGCCAUUUUUUUUCCCCUUUUGUGGGUCAUGAUGUAUUAGUUUUGACGAAAAUAUAUGAGAUUUAAUGAGAUGUAUAAUAUUUGUCUGUAAAGAGAAGUGCACUGACGUGCUAUUCAAUA